AUGUUCAGCGCGAAGCUGGGAGAGGACGCUGAACAGAUCGGCCUUGGUUUUAUAAGUCGAUGGAUGCCAGGUGGAGGGCAUCCAAAAGGGCACUUAAUCUGCAACUCCAGCCUAGGCGCAACCUCUCUGCUACACUGCAUCUUGCCGUACUUUUUCUGGAACGUUCCGCUGGCGGCAACCUUCAUCUUGCAGCAUAGUGUUUUGAGGAAGGCACUGCAGCGCAGCUUCGGUUCGUGGGGGCGCCGCAUCUAUAGCUUCACAAGUGCAGUCGCGCUGCAUCUCUUCAUGAGGAAUUACCAGGAUCUUGACGUUUCGGGCCUCAGCCUGGAUUUGUCUAGCCUGGGCAUAAGCAACUAUCGCCACUGCCUGGCUUCGACUGCUGUAAUCCUUGUGAGCUUUGCCUAUUUCGUGGGGCAUGAGCGUGGCAGCUGGUUCAAGACCAUCCUUUUGGGUGAGAGAGACGCCAAGACGAAAGCAUGUCCCGUGAACAUGGACGUUGUCACCGGCAUGGGCAUAUGUGUUUACCGCGAACUUGGAUGGGUGGGUUUCCUACUUUUCAGUGGUCUCUCCAGUAUCCCUUGUCGCAUUACCCUAGGGGAUGUCAUUAUGCGGCUUUGUGCUGGAAUCUAUAUGCGUACCAUGAGCGUUCAUUUCCAACAUUUCGCACAUCACUAUCGCGGCCACUGGUCAGCCCGAGCCUUUAUCACUGCAGCAGCAGCGGCUGCCACUGCUGGGCAGGGUUUCUGGAAAUCCAUGCAGUUCUGGCAGUUGUUAUGCCUUGCGCUGGGCACCACCGUAAUGUUAGUUUUAUUUGAUGUUGAUCGCCUCGACUUCCGAGCCCCAAAGGGGCUUGGCAGGUAG